UCGCCACAUUCACACACACACAACUUGCAGCAGCAUCGAGCUCGAUCGAGCUCACUCGCUCGCUCACUCGUAACAGGUCUACAGCUAGCUCUUCGAUCCCUUCGGCUCGUUUGGGCGUCGAUCGAAAUGGAGGCGAUGUGCGGUUGGCCGUCAUCGGCGUCCGUGAGUGAGGACGAGGCGGCGGAGCUGCGGCGGGGGCCGUGGACGGUGGACGAGGACGCGCUCCUCGCGGGCUACGUCGCCGGGCACGGCGAGGGCCGGUGGAACGAGCUGGCGCGCGCCGCAGGCCUGAGGCGCACGGGGAAGAGCUGCCGCCUCCGGUGGCUCAACUACCUCCGCCCCGGCGUUCGCCGCGGGGACUUCACCGCGCGGGAGCAGCUGCUCAUCCUCGACCUCCACUUCCGCUGGGGCAACCGGUGGUCCAAGAUCGCGGGCCACCUGCCGGGCCGCACGGACAACGAGGUCAAGAACUACUGGCGGACGCGGGUGCAGAAGCACGCCAAGCAGCUCGGCUGCGACGUCGGCAGCAGGCGGUUCCAGGACGUCAUGAGGUGCCUCUGGAUGCCGCGACUCCUCGAGAGGAUCUACGCCGAGUCCGCCGCCACAGCCGCCGUCGACGUCUCUCACUCCUCCGCGAGCCCACCGCACGCGCCGGCCCAACCGGCGUACCAAAACGACGCUGCUCCAGUCAACGACUACGCGCGCCGCGCCGAGCCGUGCAGGUCGCCGAACACGUCGUGCGUGACCGGGUCGUCGUUGUCGUCGGAGGCGUCGCCCGACGCGCAGUUCCUCAAAUCGAACAGUCGUCCGACCAUGGCCAGCGCCGGGGCAGGUUGGUCUACGGAGCAUUGCCAAUACGACAGCACGGGCGCGACGAGCGCGACGAGCGGUGACAUGUUCGACGGGAGCUGGUCGGAGCUACUUGCCCGCGCCAGCAACGACGACGCGGAUUCCGCCGGGCUGCCGGACUUCGGCUUGGGCGGAAAUGGAGACAAUUUCUGGAGUUUGGACGACAUCUGGCUGCAACAGUUAUGCUGAUAUAUAUUGUUACUACGUACGCUCCCAUGAAUGACCAAGUUAUUUGUAGGAUUACCUGAUUAACUAUUGGUGAUCAAUAGCACAGUUGAAUAAUAGGGUUUGAUUGAAUGAUAUGUCUUGAGCACAGUUUCUAUCUGUACUGUCAAGCUAGCAAAGAAGCCUAGAUGAGAUCAUGAGAGUACAAGGCCACUUUAACCGUAAAUAUUUUUUUUAAAUGAACAUGUUAUAUC